AAUUUUACCGAUAAAAUGAGUGAUCACUGUUUUCUGAACACCUAAUUUUUGUCCUGAAUUUUUAAUUAAGCAUAUGUGAAUUAAAUCAAUGUGUGCGUAUAUGCCUACACUUGCGGUGCACAUUAUACACGCCUGAGGGCGCUUGUAGGCCUAUUUUGUAUUUUAUUAUUUCAAUAUUUUAUACACUAUACAUUGACGCAGUAUAUUAUUAGUUACCAGCGGUGUUUUGUAUAUGAAGGCAUUAGUCCGGUCCCGGUCGUUUGUGUUUUGGUAGUAGGUGGACAAUCAAUGUUUGACCAACAGAACAGUUGGAGAUUACCGGUAUCGCUGGUGAUUAAUUUUAAAUGAACAGAACAUUUUCAAAUACAAUUCAAUGCGACUACAGUGCAUGAGAGUGUGUAAAUGUAAAACUUAAAUUUAUCAUGAUUGUACAUUAUGCCCAAUUCAGAAGUAAAUACACCAAAUGAAAAUAAUAGUGCACACUGUAAAACAAUUUUCAAACAAACAUUUAAAUUUGUCAAAAAUAUACCAGAACAAAGAAUUUCACCCGAAGGAUUUUUAAUACGAGACUGCGGUUGCGUCAUGAGAUUUUUACCGAAUUUAGAUAACAAAUUAAAUAAGAUUAAAUUACAGCCCACACCUGUUAUCAAAAAUCAACAUAUAAAAAACAGUAGUCAUAUUCAAAAUCGUAAACCUUUAAACCAAGCAAAAAUAAUGACAAAAGAAAUGAAUAACCAAAAGAAUAUUGAAAAAAGCAUGAAUUUAGAAGACAUUGAAUGUAAAAAAGCAUACACCCAGCAUACUUCAUUGUAUCAAUCAACAUUUUGGAUGGAACCAAGAGUAGUUCCUAUUAAAUAUACCACUGAAGUAAAUUUUAGCUCGGAAUCUUCUACAAAAAAGUUUACUGAAACAAUUGAUUUGCAGAUGAAAUUAGUUCCUUGUCCAUAUACUCACCAAAUUGGAAUUACAAAACGUUUUAAAACAUCUAUUGAGAAGAGAAUUCAGUCGGAGUAUACAAUACCAUUGAAUAAUUAUAUUUAAUAGUUAUAAUUUUACAUUAAAGAAUAUAAAUUUAAAAUAUUAAAAGCGAACAUAUACAUAACAAUAAAUAUUAUUUUAAUAUAAAAUAAACUAAGGCAAUUAAACCACAACAUGUAUGAUAUACUUAAUAAAGAGAUAAAAUGUUUACAAAUAAAAAAAUGUAAUACUACAA